AGCAAAGCUCACACCCGCCGCUAUCGAAAAACUGUCAACAUGGCAGCAAGUGCUAGUCUUACACAGAAAGGAAUAGUCCUCUUUUUACUAGGAAUUGUUCUUGGAUUCUUAAUGACAUUUUUAUUUUCUAAUCAAUUUGAUCUUAGUAAUCAAAUCCGUCAAGUACCAAAUGGUGGUUUUAUUCCUAAUAGUCCACACAGCCACGGAGAGAUGGACCAUCUAAAAGGUCCAGACGAAUCUGUUGACUGGUCAGAAGCUCAUUUCCACAGUCACGCGGAGGAGUCAAGCCAGUUAGCAAAGGAGUUAGAAAAGGAUGUCCGUGUUCUUUGUUGGAUCAUGACCAAUCCAAGUAAUCAUCAAUCAAAAGCUAAACAUGUGAAAGCCACAUGGGGUAAGAGAUGCACCAAACUUAUAUUUAUGAGUUCAUCAGAAGAUAGUCAUCUCCCUGCAGUAGCUUUACCUGUACACGAAGGUCGGGACAAUCUAUGGGCAAAAACAAAAGAAGCAUUCAAAUAUUUGUACAAAAAUCAUUUAAACGAUUACGAUUGGUUUAUGAAAGCAGAUGAUGAUACAUAUGUUAUUGUUGAAAAUUUGCGUUAUUUUUUGCAUGAUAAAGACCCGAAGUCUCCUGUUUAUUAUGGCCGUAGGUUUAAACCCUAUGUUAAACAAGGCUACAUGAGUGGAGGGGCUGGGUAUGUUCUAAGCAGAGAAGCGACAAAAAUAUUUGUAGAGAAGGGUAUAAAUAUUCCUGGGACAUGUAGAACUGAUGCUGGUGGGGCAGAGGAUUUAGAAAUAGGACGGUGUCUGGAAAAGAUUGGUGUAAAAGCCGAGGAUAGUAGAGAUGAAUCUGGAGGAGAAAGAUUUAUGCCGUUUGUACCAGAACAUCACUUGAUUCCUGGAAUUCUACCAAAAGAUAUGUGGUACUGGAGUUACAAUUAUUACCCUGCAAAACAGGGUCCAAGUUGUUGCAGUGAUUUUGCUAUAACCUUUCACUACGUUGCACCCAACAUGAUGUAUGUUUUGGAAUAUUUGGUAUAUCACUUGAAACCUUAUGGUUAUGGUCAAGUUUACACCAAAGUACAGCAAUGUGAUAAUAAAAAUAAUGAAGAUAGCAAAAAAUUGACUUCAACAAAACCAGAAAAUAAUGUGAAAGUAAAAAAUAUAGAACAUGUUUUAGAUAAGACUAUGAAUAGUGUUAUAGAUAAGACUGAGGGUAAAGAGAAUAUAGAUAGGACUGAGGGUAAAGAGAAUAUAAAUAGUGAUAAAAAUCUAGAAACUGUAGAAGAUAAAGGAAUGCAACCAUCAUGAUAAGUACCGGUGCUGUCACUUAUUUCUCAUUUCCAUAUUUGUGAAGCUGUAACCACUGCUGUUAAGAAUCAAUGUUUGUGAAGCUGUAACCACUGCUGUUAAGAAUCAAUGUAACUGUAAUUAUUACUUAGUCAUUUUGUCAUUUAGAUAUUUUAUAUCAAUUCUGUAUAACAUGUAAACAGUCAUUUUGUCAUUUAGAUAUUUUAUAUCAAUUCUGUAUAACAUGUAAACUGUAUACUGUUGUGUUUUCAGAUAUUUAUUUAUGUUACUUUUAACCAAAGUUUCACGUUCUAAAGAUUUGUUUCUCCUUAACCCAAAUAAUGUAAAUAAUUAAUAAUAAAAAUGUGUAAAAAAAGGAAAGAUGUAACAAUAUAGGACAAACAAUUAUAUAAAAUACAAUGUACAGGGGAAUUUUUCAAAUGAACAUUAUUUUGUAUCUAAGGCAAACUAUGAUCAAAUAUUGUUAAAUUAGAUUUAAGAUUUGGUAUGCAGCUGUAUAAAAUUUACUGUAAGAUGAAUAGAGACAAUUAUUGGUAAAAAGCAAACUAUGCAAAGGUAGAUUGAUCAAAAAGCUAUAUUAAUUUAUAUUUGACAUGAAGAUGAUAGUGAUUGAUUUGGGAUAGUAUAUGGUGGGCAGCUCCAGCUGUUACCAUGCACUAACGUCAGAACAAAUUAUUCCACUUCAAAUGUUCUGAUAUUGUGUCUGAUGACAAACAACAAAAUUUAAUUAGAUUUUUCACUUUUACUUUCUGGGAGUUAUUGUCCUUUAUUGAUUGAUGGUGGUGCCAUCUGUGAAUUAUGUCAAUUAAUGGGAUUACCUGAGGACAGCUGAUCGAAUUUCAUUUAAAGUUUAUAUAUGUAAUUCUUGAUAACAAGAUGGAGGCAAAUAUCAAUAUUAAAGAAUUUAUUUGCAGUUCAUUUAUACUUAAUAAUGUACUUAGGUGAAACUAAAAAAAUCAAGAAUUUAAAAUUGCUACUUUUAAGUCGGAAGAACAAUUUACUUAAGGAACAAAAUAAGCUAAAAAUAUUGAUAGCUCAUAGAGUUUCUUGUACAUGAUAUUUUUAAUUUUAGGAAAGUGCUGACUUUUACCUUAUAUUUCAUUGGUAUUAUUUGGUUCUCAAAUCAAAAGAAAAGAAAUCAAGAAUCUGAAUAAAUUUUGGUGAAAGACCUUUUAUCAGCUAUUAAUUAAGUCUUGUAUGAAAAGAUAAAUGUGUGUUAUGGGACAAAAUAUUUUACCUUUUAUUGUAUGAAAAAAAAUUGAGGAGUCCUUACAUCCGACGCAAGUUUUAAAACCCCACUUUAGUACAUUCUUUAGUGUAAUAGUGUUGAGGAAUUUAUGUCAUAUCUGUGUAAUACAUGUACAUUGUACAUUUGAAACAGUAAAACUAAUCUUUUAUUCAAUUUUUUCAAUUUUAUGUUAAAAAAAUUACAUCGACAGCUUUCAGUAGUAAUGGUCUUUGAUUGAUUAAAACAUGUGUAAAAUGGGGCUUAAUGUCUUUGUAGUGGGGUAACUUUUAAACCUUUCAAACAAUUUAAAAUUUUCAAUGAUACAUAUAUGUUAUUUAAAAAUUAAGUUUGUUAUUGACAUUUUCAUUUUUGUAGUUUUUGAUUCUUUUGAAUAUGGUGAUUUAUGCUGUUUUUGAUGGGAUUAACUUCAGAACCAUUAGCCACUGAUGUUCAAACACAUUUUAUUUUUCUGAUGACAAAUCAAAUGCAUUCAUGUAAAAGUUUUUACUUUUGUAGAUCAGAGUUGUGAUCAUUGAUUGAUUGAAUAAAGAAGGAUCUGUAUGUCCCUCCCAUGAAACAACCUGAUAAAUGUUCAACCAAUAGAAUCUAUUUAUAUUUUACGUCAGACAAAUAAAGUCAAGGUCAACAUUUGGUCAAUCACCAUUUUUAUGACUUUUUACCUUUGAUUGCUAAACAGUGAACAGAUUGCUGUCUAUUUGACUUCUUUUUGUUUUUUCUCUUUUACCAAUUUUUUUUACAGAGGUUUUAUGUUAUGUGAUAUUAAUCUAGGUAAAUAUUUCAUAUUCAUUUUGAGUACACAUUUCUCAACAGAAUAUUUUUGUGUUACACAAAUGUAUUUAAUUUUACGUAAUUUUUGUAUUUGUUUCAUUUUUUUCAAAUUGAAAUAAAAGGAGAUAUAAAUCAGAUAAUUAAAAAGGAAUUUGGAAUCAUCUAUUUUAUUUUGUGUAAAGAAAAAAAGUUCAUUGGCCCCAAUUUUAAUAUUUAUUUUCUGAAAGGACAUUAAAACAGCUGUUUUGUCAUGCAAUAUCAAUCUAUUUAAACAAAUAUUUGUUCAGUGCAUUUUAGACAAGAAAUAAUAUAAGUAAAUAAUAGCUGAAAGGAAUUUCCUUUUUUUUACAACCAUUUUCUCAAGAGAACUGUUGUUCUUAUUUUCUCAAAUAAGCUUCUUUAUAAUCAUGUGACAUUGUUUCUUUGCUGUCUACUUACCAUGGCAAAUACGUUAAAACUAGUCAAUAAAUAUAUAUUUAUAUAUAUAAAUGUGUUAAACCAUAUUCAGAUUAUUUUAUAUUUUUGACAUAUAUUUUUAUAUAAGUAUCAAAUCCAAUAAGAAAUAUGAAGCAACAUUUAGUGUUUAAUGUGACUAUUUUAUGUCCUUCCCUACCCUGUGACUUGAGAAAAUUUGAUUUUGUGGGGCUAAGUUUAGAAGAAAUCACAUUUUAUAUCCCUCCCAUCCUUGUUACUUGAGAAAUAUUUCAUUUCUUGGGACUUGACAUUUUAUGACCCUACCAUGUCUUUCGAAACAACAUUCCAUAGGUCUUUAUUAAUAUAAAUCAUUCUAAUGCAACAACGUUUGUAACGUUCAUUUUGAUUGGAUAACGUCACUUUCUUACAUGGCAUCAAUUGACAAUCAAUUGACAAUUGAUGCUAUGGGAUGUAAGCGCAAGCACAGACGGCAUAUGAUAGAUUUUAAAUACAUGUUAACGUUGUUUUCUGUCAAUUUCGCGUCGCCAGUAAACUUAAUUUGCGACCAUCAAAUCCCCAAUUGAUGCCGUCGGAGCUUAAAAUACAAUACAGUUAUCUCCUAAGUAAAACCAGUCCAUCCUAGUCCAUCCUAGCCUGUUUGAUAUCUAUAUGUUUUUUUCAAGCUUUUUUUUCUCUCUGUGAAACAAAACUGAGAUAUGAAGUUGCCAAUUGUAUAAUAUGAUUGUGGAUGACUUGUUUGUUCCUUGAACACCAUAUAGUUAGAACAAUUAGGUCAAAUGUCUAUGUAUGUGUCUGACUGAAUACAAUUAGGUAAAAUGUCUAUGUAUGUGGCUGACUGUCGCGCUACGAGAACUAAACAAAGUAUAUAUAGUAAAAAUGAUUACCACUAGAGCAUUUUGCAUGUACUUUAAUUUAUAAGAAAUACAUUUGUGUUUGACAGAUUUCAACUGAUAUUUAGCUAUGCUUUAUAUUUAUAGUCAGAAAUUUCAACAAGAUAUGUGUCACAAAGAAAAAAAGGUUGCAAUUUAAAUUUUGAUAGCAUUAUUUGUGUUCAGCAUUUUCCAAAAUCGCCAAAAAAAACAAACUGUCACAUUUAUACCGAUUGUCCAACAAUGUCAAUAAUAAAUGGACAUGGUAAUAUUUGAAUUUACAGUAUGUAGACCAAAUGGUCAAAGUAUUCUUUGUUAGUUCCAUAUUCAAUGUGAUAAUAUUGUUUUUAGAUGAAAUGGUUUGCUGCACUUUAGUUUUGCUUUGCCAUUUUUUAUAGAGUUGUAGACUGGGUCAUUAGUGUUUUAUAUACAUGUAUCUCGUUACCUUUUCUCCAUCACAGAACAUUUUUAUUGGUGCCUUAUUCAGAUAUAACUGUAAAUAACCAAGAUUUGUUAACAAUUUUUUAGUUUUUUUUAUGUUUAAACAUGAUUUGGUUGAUUUAAUUUAUAUUUGGAUGUUUGUACGUAUUUAGAGAAUAGGCAUUAUUAUUUGUGAACUCUUAGAAAUCCUUAUUACAUGCUGUAAAUUGUGAAUGUUUUAUGUGGUACAUAUUAGCAUAUUUUCUAAAAAGAAUUUGAAAUAGUGUAUAUGUACAGUCAGAAAUAGAUGAUCAGAGGUGGAUUUAGGGGGGAGGGGUUGAUUAUUUAGGGAAUCACUGAAGCGUGAAGGGAGCAGACCCCCACUUGUGAAUAUUUCUAGAUCCGCCACUGAUGAUAUUUAUGCUCUCUAACAUUACGUGUAAGAUUGAAUGCAAUCUGUUUUUUAUCAGUUAAAAAGUAAACUUCAACCUUUCCACUCAAUCACUAAAUAUGUAAAUUAGUUUUGAUACUCAAAGUAUAUAAUGUUCUAACAUUAAUAUUUUUGUACAGAUUUAGUGUUUUUAACAUUGCUGUAUAAUUAGUUUGAUAUUUCACUAUUGACUCAAUCCAGUAUGCGUUUAUGUCAUAGCUAUUUAUAUAAUUUCCUAUUUUACUUUAAGACAAUCUCUUUUCAUAUUGAACCUUUACAAUUAAGCUUACCUUAUUAGUAAACACUCUCUACCAGCCUUACAUAACUGGUAGUGGAAAACAUCCUGCCACCAAACCUACACUAUUGUUGAAUACCUGCCAUUCAACUGACUACAGUGUUAUCUCCCUUGGUACUAAGCUUACCCUAUUGAUAAACCUCUUGCUACAAAGCCUACAAUCAUCUUAAUUUACCAUAUUGGUAAACACCAUUCUACCAAACUACCUGUAAUAGUUAGCUGCCUACUAUCAAGCUUAUUAUCAUAUUGGUAAAAGUCCUACCACCAAGCAUAUACCAUAUUGAUAAGCCUUCUGCUACCAAAAUUACCUUAUUGGUAAAAUGUUGGUAAACUCAAGCAUCCCAUAUUGGUAAACCUUUGCUACUAAACUAGCUUGUUUAGCUUCACGUUGCCAAUCUUACACUAUUGGUAAACCCUUGCUGUCAACCUUACCAUAUUGGUAAACCCCUAACUACCAAGCUUACCAUAUUGGUAAACCCCUAACUACCAAGCUUACCAUAUUGGUAAAUCCCUGCCACCAAACUUAUCAAAUUCGUAAAUCCCUGCCACCAAGCUUAUCAAAUUGGUAAAUCCCUGCCACCAAGCUUAUCAAAUUGGUAAAUCCCUGCCACCAAACUUAUCAAAUUGGUAAAUCCCUGCCACCAAGCUUAUCAAAUUGGUAAGUCUCCUACUAAUUACAAACAAGAAGCAUUAUAAUCAUCUACAUCUCAUUCAUCAGUAAAUAUUUAUAGUACUCAUUUGCAAUGCGUACAUCUGCUUUUCAUUAGAGUGUGUAUGGGGUAUCACAAAAGCAAAAUAUGGUAAUUUACUUUUUUCUUCAACUAUAGGUUGUACCACUGAUAUGAGUGUUGGAGAGGGGAUUAGGUUAUAUUUAUAGAUUUAUCAAUGUUAUUUUCAAUCGAGAGGUUGUUUCUCUGCUGCAAUCUCAUGGAAUGGCGACAGCUUAGAAACAUAUUCCAGUUUGAAAGAUCUUUGAUAAACUUACAAAGUGAUAGGACAUUGGAAUAGGUCAAUUCAAUUCAAUUCAAUUCAAUUCAAAGCUUUAUUUAUAGUCGGCAUGUCAUAUAUAACAAAUAAACAUAAGCUCUCUGAGCUUUUAUAACCGACAAACGCAUACAUUUACAUAACAAUAAUACACAAUACAAAUAUUAAAACAUAAAAGACAUAGAACAUACAUUUCAUGCACAUUUAGACUGCACUAUUAAAUACUAUAUUAUACACAUGCAUAAGCACUAAAAGCAAACAUAAAAACUAAAGCACAGCAUUCACAAAUUAUAAAAAGCUUAGCAAAGAUUCACAAGAAGCAGCACUAUUAUAUUUCAAGCUAUAACAUAAAAUAUAAAACUAUGCACAUGCAUUGCAAUGGCAUGAGUUGCCAUUCCAUGAGUUUAUUAGACUCUUGAAUUGGGUAAAAGAUGUUUCAGUUCUAAAGUGGUUUGGCAACUCAUUCCAUAGUUUGGCAGCAGAAUAUCUGAAAGAUUUCAAGCCAUACCUUGUUGUUCUUACGUCUGGUAUUUCAGCUAAAUUUUGGUAUCUGAAAGAAUAUUUUGUUUUUUUAAUAUUUAUAAGGUCAUGGAGGUAUACUGGAUUUUCAUGAUUGAGUGUUCUAAAGACCUCUAUUGCCAUGGUUCUUAGGCGUCUUACUUUAAGUGAUGGCAUUUUUGAUUUUAAAAGUAAGUCUUCAUAUGUGCUGUUGUGAUCCUGGUAAAUGAAGCGAAGUGCUCUUUCUUGUACUUUUUCAAUUUUUUUAGUGUUGGCCUCGCUGCAGAAAUGCCAGGACAAUGAACAGAAAUUAAAGUUUGACAUGAUAAAGGAGUGAUAUAUUGUUAAUUUUCCAAGUUUGUUUAAGUAUUUGCCAAGUCUUUUUAAUACAUUUAGUUGUCUGGAUGCUUUUUUGCAGAUGUUUGAUAUAUGCGUGUUAAAAUGCGUGUCAAUGGUGAUGCCUAAUAGUUUGACCUCUUUAUCACAUUUUAUUUUGUUACCUGCUAGAUCAAAUGUAAUGUUUUGCCCAUUGCCAAAGCUUGAAAUUUUUGGUCACCUUGUCAGGCUUAAAAAUAUGUUAAUAGGUCAGGAAAAAUGAGAAAUAUAUGAGAUAAGGUCAAUAAAAUUCCCAUAACUUACUCACUGUUGUCUUUGUUGGCGUUAUUGAUUGUGGUUUUUAUUCACCAAUUUUUCUCUUAUGACGCUUUGGUAUUCAUUUCAUAAAUUACAUAAUACAUGAAACCCAAACAAUAUGGGAAAAUGAAGUAUGGAAGUGGUCCCCCUGAGAGCUUUUACCAGUUAAAUUAAUUAACUGGUGAUUUAAACCCUCCAAUAUAAAUUUUACCUGAUUUCCUCACUGUUAUGUUUUGUUAGGAUAUGCAUCAUUCAAAGUAGUCCCAAAUGAUAACCCUCUCUUUUAUCACCAAUGUGGCCUUAUAACUAUAAUAGUCUAGUACUUGCCUGUUUCAUGCAAUUAUUGUCUCAUUUACAUAAAACUUUGUUUUUACUCAUACCAAAAUCAGCAUAAGAGCGCACUCUGGUUGCCUUUAGAUAUUAUUUUAUGUUCAGUCAUAAUGUCCUCAUUCUGUCCUUUUUGUUCUUCUGAUUUAUAAAAAACCCAUCAACAAUCAAUUUUGAUCAGUGUGAUGAUCAGAAACAGUGGAUUCAUUACUAUUCAUUCAUGAUCACUCAGAUACUGUGGAUUAAUUCCUAUUCGUUCAUGAAAAGAUACUGUGGAAACAUUACUAUUUGUUCAUGAUCAGAUAUUAUUGAUUCAUUACUAUUAGUUCAUGAUCAGAUAUUGUGGAUUCAUUACUAUUUGUUCAUGAUCAGACAUUGUGGAUUCAUUAAUAUUCGUUCAUGAUCAGAUAUUUUUGAUUGAUUACUAUUCAUUCAUGAUCACUCAGAUACUGUGGAUUAAUUCCUAUUCGUUCAUGAUAAGAUACUGUGGAUGCAUUACUAUUUGUUCAUGAUCAAAUAUUGUGGAUUCAUUACUAUUAGUUCAUGAUCAGAUAUUGUGGAUUCAUUACUAUUCAUUCAUGAUCAGAUAUUGGGUAUUCAUUACUAUUCGUUCAUGAUCAGAUAUUGGGGAUUCAUUACUAUUUGUUCAUGAUCAGAUAUUAGGGAUUCAUUACUAUUGGUUCAUGAUCAAAUAUUGUGGAUUCAUUACUAUUCGUUCAUGAUCAGAUAUUGUUUAUUCAUUACUAUUCGUUCAUAAUCAGAUAUUGGGGAUUCAUUACUAUUUGUUCAUGAUCAUUAUUGGGGAUUCAUUACUAUUUGUUCAUGAUCAGAUAUUGGGGAUUCAUUACUAUUUGUUCAUGAUCAGAUAUUAGGGAUUCAUUACUAUUGGUUCAUGAUCAAAUAUUGUGGAUUCAUUACUAUUCGUUCAUGAUCAGAUAUUGUUUAUUCAUUACUAUUCGUUCAUGAUCAGAUAUUGUUUAUUCAUUACUAUUCGUUCAUGAUCAUUAUUGGGGAUUCAUUACUAUUUGUUCAUGAUCAGAUAUUGGGGAUUCAUUACUAUUUGUUCAUGAUCAGAUAGUGUGGAUUCAUUAAUAUUCGUUCAUGAUUUGUACAUCGAGAGCAUGACAUGUUCACAAAAGUUUCAUUUGUAUUUGUUUUAUUUUGUUAUAUUGACCUGCUGAAUUAUAUGCAGUAUUUUAUUAUAUAUUUUGUUAACUUUUUGAGAUAUUUUAGUGACCUAAUCAAAAUUUGGUAAUGGAAAUAAAAAGAUUAUUAUAAUGAA